CUCAGCAGAUGCUGAACCUGCUGCAGUUCCAGCUGAGCGAGUGCUUUGCGAGCCGGGCAGCCAGGGACUCCACGCCGGCCUGACGUGGGAGAAGCCGCCUGCCCUUUGGAACGAGUGUUUCGCUCCUGUUCUUUCCCUGCUUUUGUACUGGGGCAAACGGUUGAGCGUUGACACAUUUAUGCAAAAGGCCUACUUCCGACAGGGCGUUGCCCUCCAGUACCUGGGGCGCCACGCCGAUGCCUUGGCAGCGUUUGCCUCCGGCUUGGCCCAAGAUCCCAAGAGCCUGCAGCUCCUGGUGGGGAUGGUGGAAGCUGCCAUGAAGUCUCCCAUGCGAGAGUCCCUCGAGCCAACGUACCAGCAGCUGCAGAAGAUGAAGUUGGACAAGAGCCCCUUUGUGGUGGUCUCCGUGAUUGGGCAGGAGCUGCUGACAGCUGGCCAUCACAGUGCCUCUGUGGUGGUUCUGGAAGCGGCCUUGAAAAUUGGCACCUGCAGCUUGAAACUGAGGGGCUCUGUCUUCUCUGCCCUGAGCAGCGCCUACUGGUCCCUGGGCAAUGCCGAGAAGAGCUCAGGCUACAUGCAGCAGGACUUGGACGUGGCCAAGACUUUAGGUGACCAGAUGGGCGAAUGCCGAGCUCACGGCAAUCUGGGCUCUGCUUUCUUCUCCAAGGGGAAUUACCGGGAGGCCUUGACUAACCACAGACACCAGCUGGUGCUUGCCAUGAAGCUCAAGGACCGAGAGGCCGCCUCUUCUGCCCUCAGCAGCCUUGGCCAUGUCUACACUGCCAUCGGGGACUACCCCAAUGCCUUGGCCAGCCACAAGCAGUGUGUCCUUCUUGCCAAGCAAGGCAAGGAAGAGCUCUCUGAAGCGCGAGAGCUAGGCAACAUGGGGGCAGUCUACAUCGCCAUGGGCGACUUUGAGAAUGCUGUGCAGUGCCACGAGCAGCACCUGAGGAUCGCCAAGGCCCUGGGCAACAAGCGGGAGGAGGCCCGGGCCUACAGCAACCUGGGCAGUGCCUACCACUACCACCGCAACUUUGACAAGGCCAUGUCUUACCACAACCAUGUCCUGGAGCUCGCCCAGGAGCUGGAGGAGAAGCCUAUUGAGAUGCGGGCGUACGCCGGGCUGGGUCACGCCGCCCGCUGCAUGCAGGAUCUAGAGCGGGCCAAGCAGUAUCAUGAGGAGCAGCUGCACAUCGCCGAGAGCCUGCAGGAUCGAGCUGCGGAGGGCCGGGCCUCCUCCAAUCUAGGGAUCAUCCACCAGAUGAAGGGGGACUAUGAGAUGGCCCUGAAGCUGCACAAGGGGCACCUCUCCAUUGCACAGGAGCUGAACGACUACGCAGCCCAGGGGAGGGCCUAUGGCAAUAUGGGCAAUGCCUACAACGCCCUGGGUAUGUUUGACCAUGCUGUCAAAUAUCACCGUCAGGAGCUGCAGAUCUCCAUGGAGGUGAACGAUCGGGCCUCUCAGGCCUCUACCCACGGCAACCUGGCAGUAGCUUAUCAAGCUCUGGGUGCCCACGAUCGGGCCCUUCAGCACUACCAAAACCACCUGAACAUCGCCCGAGAGCUGCGGGACAUCCAGAGUGAGGCCCGAGCUCUGGGCAACCUGGGAAACUUCCACUGCUCCCGGGGUGAGUUUGCCCAAGCAGCCCCUUACUAUGAGCGAUACUUGCAGCUGUCCCCAGAGCUGCAGGACAUGGAGAACGAAGGCAAAAUCUGUCACAACCUUGGCUACGCCCAGUACUGCCUGGGCAAUUAUGAGGAUGCCGUGAAGUACUACGAGCAAGACCUGGCCCUCGCCAAGGACUUGCAUGACAAGCUCAGCCAAGCCAAGGCGUACUGCAACCUGGGUCUGGCCUUCAAAGCCCUGGACAACUUUGGUAAGGCAGAGGAGUGCCAGAAGUACCUCCUGUCCCUCGCUCAGUCUCUCAACAACCCCCAGGCCACGUUCCGGGCCCUGGGCAACCUGGGUGACAUUGCAGUCUGCAAGAAAGACGUGGGCGGUGCCAUCAGGUUCUACGAGCAGCAGCUGAGCCUCGCCCAUCAGGUUGCAGACAGGAAGCUGGAGGCGAGUGCCUACGCGGCCCUGGGCUCAGCCUACCGUCUGUUGCAAAAGUACGACAAGGCACUGGGCUACCAUACGCAGGAACUGGAGGUAUAUCAAGAGUUGGGUGAGACGCUGGGUGAAUGCCAGGCACAUGGACACCUGGCUGCAGUCUACAUGGCCUUAGGCAAGUACACAAUGGCGUUCAAGGGCUACGAGGAGCAGCUGGAGGUGAGCCAGAAACUGAAGGACCCUGGCAUUGAAGCCCAGGUCUAUGGCAACAUGGGUAUCACCAAGAUGAACAUGAACGCCACCGAGGAGGCCAUUGGCUACUUCGAACAACAACUGGCCACUUUGCAGCAGCUGAGUGGGAGUGAGGCUGUGUUGGACAGAGGCCGGGCCUUUGGGAACUUGGGCGACUGCUACGAAGCACUGAGUGACUACGAGGAAGCCGUCAAAUACUAUGAACAGUACCUGUCUGUGGCCCAGAGCCUUAGCCGGAUGCAGGACCAGGUGAAGGCCUACCGAGGCCUAGGCAAUGGGCACAGGGCAAUGGGAAGCUUGCAGCAGGCCCUGGUUUGCUUCGAAAAGAGGCUUGUGGUAGCCCAUGAGCUUGGAGAAGCCUUUGAUAAAGCCCAGGCUUAUGGAGAACUGGGCACUCUACACAGCCAGCUGGGCAACUUCGAACAGGCCAUCUCCUGCCUUGAGCGUCAGUUGGGCAUUGCACGGGAGAUGAAGGAUCAGGCCCUGGAAGGGAGUGCCGCAUGUGGCUUGGGCAGUGUCUACCAGCAGAUGGCAGAAUAUGACACAGCACUCCAGUACCACCAGAUGGACCUCCAGAUUGCAGAGGAAACCAACAAUCCGGCUUGUCAAGGUCGGGCAUAUGGAAACCUGGGUCUGACCUAUGAGUCAUUAGGCACUUAUGAGAGAGCUGUGGUCUACCAGGAGCAGCACCUUAGCAUCGCAGCCCAGAUGAACGACCUGGUGGCCAAAACUGCCUCCUACAGCAGCUUGGGCAGGACACACCACGCCUUGCAGAACUAUUCCCAGGCAGUGAUGUACUUGCAGGAAGGAUUGAGGCUGGCUGAGCAGCUUGGGCGCAGGGAGGAUGAAGCCAGAAUCCGACACGGCUUGGGCCUUUCGCUUUGGGCGAGUGGGAACUUGGAAGAGGCGCAGCAUCAGCUCUACCGGGCCUCAGCCCUCUUUGAGACCAUCCGGCACGAAGCACGGCUUAGCGUCGACUAUAAGCUCUCACUAUUUGACCUGCAGACGUCUUCCUAUCAGGCCCUGCAACGAGUGCUGGUUACUUUGGGCCAUCAUGAUGAAGCGUUGGCAGUGGCCGAAAGAGGCCGGACGAGGGCCUUUGCCGACCUGUUGGUGGAGCGUCAGACUGGGCAGCAGGAUUCUGACCCUUACUCCCCUGUGAUGGUGGAUCAGGUCCUGGAGACAGUGAAUGGCCAGCGGGGGCUGGUCCUGUACUACUCACUGGCAGCAGGAUACCUGUACAGCUGGCUCUUGGCUCCUGGGGCAGGGAUCCUCAAGUUCCACGAAUGUUACCUUGGGGAGGGCCUGGCUGGGAACUCUGGGGACUUGCACGACAGAAGCUCAGGCCUGCAUACAGUUGCCGGCUCAGCCCUAGAGCAGCUCAGCUCCAGUGUGCGGGAAGCCCUGGGGGUGGAUCCCCAUUAUGUGAGAGCCUGUACCAGCAGCGAGACGGAGAGUGAAGCAGGAGACAUUAUGGACCAGCCUUUUGAGGAGAUGAGUAACAAGCUGAACUCUUCCAAUGACCCCACCGGCUUCCUGAGGAUGGUGAGCAGGAACAACCUCUUCAACAGGAGCUGCCAGAGCACGAACAGCCUCCUCACCAGCCCCGCAUCCUCCACACCAAAGGAGGAGGGCCUCACAUCCUCACUACCUCGAUGGCCGGAUUCCUCCAGCAAACCACCCCUCCGUGCCCUCUAUGACAUGCUGAUUGGACCCCUGGAAGGGGGUCUCAUGCACUCCAGUGGCCCAGUGGGGCGUCACCGGCAGCUAGUCCUUGUCCUGGAGGGAGAGCUGUACCUCAUCCCCUUUGCUCUUCUCAAGGGCAGCUCAUCCAACGAGUAUCUGUACGAACGCUUCAGCCUUAUCGCCGUGCCCUCCAUCCAAGCCCUGAGUGCCACCGCGAAGGGCCAGACCAAGAAAAAUGCCUCAGCUUACAGCAGCAACUCCUCCACAGCUGCUGUCAUUGGCAACCCGAAGCUGCCGCCCUCCGUGAUGGACCGGUGGCUGUGGGGGCCCAUGCCCUCGGCUGAAGAGGAGGCCUAUGCAGUGUCAGAGCUGCUUGGCUGCCAGCCCCUGGUGGGCAGUGUAGCAACCAAGGAGACAGUGAUGAGUGCGCUGGCGCAGGCUGAAUGUGUGCAUUUUGCUACACACAUCUCUUGGAAGCUGGCUGCCCUGGUCCUGACGCCCAAUGCUGAAAGCAUGACCUCCAGCAGCAAGGGGUCCUUUGGAAACUCUUACACCAUCCCAGAGUCUUUGCGCGUGCAGGAUGAUGCUAGCGACGUGGAGAGCAUCUCAGACUGCCCACCGCUGCAGGAAUUCUUGCUCACAGCAGCUGAUGUCCUAGAGCUUCGCUUGCCGGUCAAGCUGGUGGUCCUGGGUUCCUACCAAGAAUCCAACAGCAAGGUCACGGCAGAUGGCUUGAUUGGGCUGACACGGGCCUUCCUAGCUGCUGGUGCCCUCUGCGUCCUGGUUUCCUUAUGGCCAGUCCCAGUGGUAGCAUCCAAGAUGUUUGUGCAUACAUUCUACUCUGCCCUGCUGAAUGGGCUGAAGGCCAGCGCUGCCCUCGGUGAGGCGAUGAAGAGGCUGCAAAGCAGCACGCCGUUCUCCCAUCCUUCUAACUGGGCAGGCUUUGUGCUGAUCGGCAGCGACGUGAAACUCAAUAGCCCUUCUUCCCUGGUUGGGCAAGCCUUGACUGACAUCCUCCAGCACCCGGAACGAGCACGGGAUGCUUUGCGGGUCCUGCUGCAUCUGGUGGAGAAGUCCUUACAGCGCAUCCACAGCGGGCAGCACAACUCCAUGUACACCUCUCAGCAGAGCGUUGAGAAUAAAGUUGGCGGCAUUCCCGGCUGGCAGGCACUGCUGACAGCGGUGGGCUUCCGGCUGGACCCUCCAGCCAGUGGGCUUCCAGCAGCUGUCUUCUUCCCCACGGCAGACCCCGGAGACCGACUGCAGCAGUGCAGCAGCACCAUCCAGUCCUUGCUUGGUUUACCAAAUGCUGCCCUGCAGGCCCUCUGCAAGCUCAUCGCCGCCUCCGAAACAGGAGAGCAGCUGAUCAGCCGGGCUGUUAAAAAUAUGGUGGGAAUGCUCCAUCAGGUUUUAGUGCAGCUCCAGGUUGGAGAGAAGGAGCAAGAUUUCUCGCUGGCCCCAAUUCAAGUCUCCAUUAGCGUUCAACUUUGGCGCCUGCCCGGCUGCCACGAGUUCCUGGCGGCUCUUGGGUUUGAUCUGUGCGAGGUCGGGCAGGAGGAAGUGAUUCUGAAGACGGGCAAACAGGCCAGCCGCCGAACCAUGCAUUUUGCACUCCAGACUCUGUUGGCUCUUUUUGACUCCACAGAGCUACCCAAACGGCUGAGCUUGGACAGCUCCUCCUCACUUGAAUCACUGGCCUCAGCCCAAUCCAUCUCCAAUCCUGGGCCGCUCAGUGGCCACAAUCCCCCCUUCUCUCCUACCUGUCCAGACAGCCUGGCCUCUGAUGCCAUCUCAGUCUACAGCCUGAGCUCCAUUGCCUCUUCCGUUAGCUUUGCCUCCAAGCCCGAGGGCACAUCCGAGGGGGCCAGCUCCAGAGGGCACCAAGACUCUGAGAGAUGUAAGGCCAUUUAUCCACAAAGGGGCUCCUUGCCACAGAGCCACUUCUCGGCACAAACCAGAGCUUGCCCCGGCAAAGACGAAGAAGAGUACGAAGGAUUCUCCAUAGUCAGCAGUGAGCCUCUGGCAGGGUACCGGGAGAACCAAGGGGUAUUUUCCACCAACCACAGCCCCUCCCGGACUGCCCAGACCGGAGAAGUCAAGGGUUCUGUCAGCUUCAAGCAUAGCAUCAGUUCCCCAAACUCCCCAGUCAAAAUAACACUGAUUCCCAGCCCAAACUCCCCUUUCCAGAAGGUUGGGAGACGGGUGGGUUCAGACGUGGGUGAAUCAGAUCAUUCCAGUACAGAAACAGACAGCACCGUCAGGUCGCAAGAGGAGGGGAGUGGCCCAAAACUGGAUCCCCAGGAGCUGGCCCAGAAGAUCCUGGAGGAGACCCAGAGCCACCUCCUGGCCGUGAAGCACCUCCAGCACGCCAGCAGCCAUCGCUGCCCCAACCACCUGGGCAGAAGCAGUAGUCUGGACGACAGAGCUGCCUCACCCUCCGGGGCCACCUCCUUCCGGUCCUCAGAGACCAGUGCUUUCAGCAGGCCGCUGUGCUCCAGCAUCAAAGGUCAGCCUUCCCCUACCCCAGUGAGGCCUGAGCCCCUCAUUAGGAGCUCCUCACUGCCAACAUCCAGCUCUCGCAACAACAGCCCUUCUCCCUCUGAGACAUCCAUCAAGGAAGGCGCAGGGCAGCCAGCCCCCAGCCUGGACUCUUAUGGGCCUGUGGCAGAACAGCCCAUCUUCAGAAUGAAGUACCCCAGCUCGCCCUACAGCACCCACAUAUCCAGGUCACCUCAGAACAUCUCCCCGAGUUCAGGGCAUAGAUCUCCAGCAGGCAGCACUCCCUCCCCAGCCCUUUCCUACUCCUCUGCCAGCUCGGCCCGUUCUAGCCCUGCCAACCCGCCUGCCCUAGACAAGCUCAAGAUGGCGGCCAUUGAUGGAAAGGUACAGGCCAUUCACAACUUGAAGAUGUUCUGGCAAAAUGCCCCCCAGCACCCCUCGGGCCCCAUGAGGACCUUCCGGGGCUCUUCUGGGAAGGCCUCCAAGCGAGAUGUGCUGAGCCUGCUGAAUCUGUCUCCCCGACGCAGCAAGGAGGAAGCCGCUGACAAACUGGAGCUGAAGGACUUGUCUGCUCCCUGUCCUCCUCCACAGAAGAACUCUCCCAAUGGGCGCAGGCCUCCAGCUGACUCCGGCAGUGCUCUGGGGUCUGGCCGUCCCAUACGGCUGCCCUCUGGCAAUGGCUACAAGUUUCUGUCACCAGGAAGGUUCUUCCCUUCCUCAAAGUGCUGAAUCUCAAGUGGCUCGUUUGUUUGUUCACUUGGGUGGAGUUUCCGGGCCUUUUUUCCUGUCCACUUGCUUGAAAGAUACAGUACAGUGGGAAGUAGGUUGGGGAACUGGAGCCCAGCAAGAUGGAUUUGAGUAGAAGCUGGGCCUGUGGAUCUUGGUAAGCUGACAGCCAGCCCUUUGCUGUCUUCCUCUUGGUCACCACUCACCCAGGGUGCUGGGUAUGACUGGGUGGGGGAGGGAGGGGCAGAAAUUCUACUAGGCAGCGCGCACAAUUUUCCAUGAUGAGAGGUACAAGCCAUUUUGUCAGUGCUUCCAGGAAGGGAUGGGAGAAGGCUUCGCGCUGAUGGCCGGGUUGAGAAGCAAAACGAGGUCAUCUUGUCACAUGGAAAAGGACACGGCUGCUUCUGACUCAAGGGCCAACCCAGAGGCUCUCCUGGCUGGGCCAGGCAGACCACCUUGUUGCAGCACAGGAAUCUGCGGCAGGCUCCGUCCGCUGCCAAUCUCCAAAGGACUCUGGGGACUGGCUGGGCCAGGGCAAGCGCAUGGGACCUGCUCAGGGCCUCGGCUUGCGUGCUGAAGUGGGAAGCUGCUGUGCCUCAGGCAUCUUUCCUUCUCCCAGCUUUUCCCUAUGCUGCCUGCCAUAAGCACCUGUCUCUUCCCAUAUGAA